AUGAAGUUUGUUCCGCCGUCUGGUCUCCCAUGGUCAAAUAUAAAGACCGAAAUCCAACCUCAGAAGAUCGAGGAUAUUCGGGGUCGCGAAAAUGAAGUUUCUCUGAGCACAACUGGAUUCUCCCUAGAAUCGUUCGACUCCGGCAUGACUUACGAGGAUUUCGACGACGAAGACAAGAUUGUUCAAACAUAUUUACCAAAUGUUGCCAGGCUCCUGAAAUCCAUGCUCAAUCCAUCCAGGAUACAAAUUUUUGAGUUUCUUGUUCGUGCGCCUUGA